AUGCCACCUCGAAACCGAAAAGAACGGCGUGCAGCUCAAGCUUCCACCGCAGGUAAGGAUGCAUUCGACCCGGCCUCGAUCCCUCUUAGUCGCCCUCCCGUCGUGAACGACUCCUCCCCGAACGCAAAAGCCCGAACGCUCUAUGAGAUCGCAGCCGAAAGAGAGGCGGAGCUAAAAGGAAUCAGACCAAAGAAGGACCUCAAACCACCCUCGGGCACAGAGUUCGUCACAAUUUCUCCUUCGGGUGAAAUCUCUCAAGUUGAUGAUCCCUCCGAGCUAUCUACGGAAAAUCAAAGCAACACUUCAGCUCCCCGGGGUGAUGAAGCUGACGUAGAUGCGCCCAUACCGCCUCUCCCUGACACUAUAUUCAUCUCGAUGCCUCUCUCGGUUCUUCACUUUACACUGUCCUUUCUCGCAGCACAUCAGUAUGCCCAAGAGAUCCCACUGCAAACACUCCUAAGGGAGUCGGCUUUUAUAUCCUUCCCUACUUUAACUUUGCUGAUCCACCUUGCCCACGGUCAUAUUAUCUCGUUCGACAUGUUCAACUCCCGAGGUAAAGAAGAGCAGAGGCGGAAUGGAAAGAACGGGGAUCCGACGCGACAGGAUUCUCCCAAUGAUGAUACUACUGCCAUGGAUAAGAUUUUCAAAGCUCUAUUUCCCCCCUCGGCAAAAUCAAUCAUAUUCGUCCCCCUGGCCUGUUUUCUCGGCGGACGCCUAAUAGCGAUCACGAACGAGGCAUCCUAUUAUGCGGUGAUGAAAAAAGCACCCUCUUUGGGGACUUUGUGGGUUUGGCUGGUGUUGGAGCUGUCGUUGAUCCCGGCUCUUCUGGCGGUCUUAGUACCAAUUGGAUGGGCUGUUCUAUUCAAGGGCUAUGGAAUUAUCUGA